UUGUGGGAUAGAAUGCCGGCGAUCAUAAGUAAAAACUCGGAUUUGGAGUUUGACUCCUUACAACCGUGUUUCUACCCGGAUGAGGACGACUUCUACUUCUGUGGUCCCGACUCUGCGCCACCGGGGGAGGACAUCUGGAAGAAAUUCGAGUUGUUGCCCACUCCGCCCCUCUCCCCGAGCCGAGCCGCGCUACCGGGGGAGCCGGCGACUGCUUCAGCGGAAGCAGACCCUCUGGGCUUCGGCUUGGGGGACCCUCUGGACUGGGCUUCCGAGCUUCUGCUCCUGCCAGAGGACGAUAUCUGGGGGGCAUCUGACGAUGGGGACCUGUUCGGCUCCGCUUUGGAUACUAACCCCAACAGCAUCAUUAUACAGGACUGUAUGUGGAGUGGGUUCUCCGCCAGGGAAAAGCUGGAGCGGGUGGUCACGGAGAAACUCGGCAAGGCUAUUUCCACUGCCACAGCAGGCGGCAGGAACAUGAACGUCAAGGCACCGGAGGUGGUGAGCCGCAGUUCGGUGUCAGAGUGCGUGGACCCCGCGGUAGUGUUUCCCUUCCCUGUCAACAAAAAGAACGGCAGCAGGGACUCAUCUAUGACUGUUAACACAUCCACAACCCACGGAAGCGCUCCCAGUGACUCUGAAGAGGAAGACGACGACGAUGAUGAUGAAGAAGAAGAAGAAGAAGAGGAAGACGAGGAAGAAGAGGAGGAGGAUGAGGACGAAGAUGAUGAAGACGAGGAGGAAAUUGAUGUGGUUACAGUAGAGAAAAGACGCUCCACAAACAAAGCAUCACCCAUGGCGACGGGCACCGUCACUAUCUCUUUGCAUCCCAAGAGCCAAGAGCAGAGGGGCCAGGCCUCAGGUUUGGGUGUGGUGAGCCGAUUUGUCAGUCGAGCCCCUCAGGAGCUGAUCCUGAAGAGGAGCUCAGUCCACCAGCAGCAACACAACUACGCAGCUCCCUCACCAUAUGCUUCAGACGAUGACCCUACCCCGCCUCCAAAGAAGCAAAAGACAUCAGAUGCUCCACGACCUCCCACAAGAACCAUAUCUUCAUCCUCCUCAUCUUCCUCCACAUCCUGCAGCUCAAUCUCCAGUACAUCAGGGGCACGCAGCAAGCGCAGCGCCAGCGGAGACUGCAGCCCACGCGGCAGCUCCGACUCAGAGGACAGCGAGCGUCGGCGCAACCACAACAUCUUGGAGCGCCAGCGCCGCAACGACCUGCGCUCCAGCUUCCUGAUGCUGCGCGACCAUGUGCCAGAACUGGCACACAACGAGAAGGCAGCAAAGGUGCUCAUCCUGAAGAAGGCCACCGAGUAUGUGAGCUCGCUGGAGACAGAGGAGAUGAGGCUCCACCAGGAGAAGGACAGGCUCCAGGCCCGCAGGCAGCAGCUGAUGCGCAGGCUGGAGCAAGCUAGGACUCGCUAACAGACAACUGCUACAACACAGAAACACUCACAUAUACCCUGGAUGACCCCUCCCCUGCCGCCUCACCCCAGUCUGUUUGAAACACAAAUUAGAUUCACACACACAUAGGCCUAUACACUUAAGCACAGAUACAUAGGCCUGAAAAUCUGUCAUACUCGUGCACACACAAGCAAAACAUCUCAGAGGACGUUCAUCUUCAGAUGCCGGCACA